GACUUGCUCCGGCCUCCGCGUCCGCGCCCAGCGACGUGCGGGCGCCCCGGCCCGCGCCCUCCCGCGCCCCGCGCCCCGCGUUGCCGCCAGAGCCGCCGCCCGCUGCGCGCCCCAGGCAGCGCCGGCCCCAUGCCCGCCGGCCGCCCGGGCCCCGCCGCCCAAUCCGCGCGGCGGCCACCGCCGCCGCCGCUGCCCCUGCUGCUUCUUUGCGUCCUCGGGGCGCCGCGAGCCGGAUCAGGAGCCCACACAGCUGUGAUCAGCCCCCAGGACCCCACACUUCUCAUCGGCUCCUCCCUGCAGGCCACGUGCUCCGUGCACGGGGACCCACCGGGGGCCACCGCCGAGGGCCUCUACUGGACCCUCAACGGGCGCCGCCUGCCGCCCGAGCUCACCCGCGUGCUCAACGCCUCCACGCUGGCCCUGGCCCUGGCCAACCUCAACGGGUCCAGGCAGCAGUCGGGGGACAACCUCGUGUGCCACGCUCGCGACGGCAGCAUCCUGGCCGGCUCCUGCCUCUAUGUUGGCUUGCCCCCAGAAAAACCUUUCAACAUCAGCUGCUGGUCCAAGAACAUGAAGGACCUGACCUGCCGCUGGACGCCCGGGGCCCACGGGGAAACUUUCCUGCACACCAACUACUCACUCAAGUACAAGCUGAGGUGGUACGGCCAGGACAACACGUGUGAGCAGUACCACACGGUAGGGCCUCACUCCUGCCACAUCCCCAAAGACCUGGCUCUCUUUACGCCCUACGAGAUCUGGGUGGAGGCCAGCAAUCGCCUGGGCUCCGCCCGCUCCGACGUGCUCACCUUGGACAUCCUGGACGUGGUGACCACGGAUCCGCCGGCCGACGUGCACGUGAGCCGCGUCGGGGGGCUGGAGGACCAGCUGAGCGUGCGCUGGGUCUCGCCGCCGGCGCUCAAAGAUUUCCUCUUCCAAGCCAAGUACCAGAUCCGCUACCGCGUGGAAGACAGCGUGGACUGGAAGGUGGUGGAUGACGUCAGCAACCAGACCUCGUGCCGCCUGGCGGGCCUGAAGCCCGGCACCGUGUACUUCGUGCAAGUCCGCUGCAACCCCUUCGGUAUCUACGGCUCCAAGAGAGCGGGGAUCUGGAGCGAGUGGAGCCACCCCACGGCCGCCUCCACGCCCCGCAGCGAGCGCCCGGGCCCGGGCGGCGGGGCGUGCGAGCCGCGGGGCGGCGAGCCGAGCUCGGGGCCGGUGCGGCGCGAGCUCAAGCAGUUCCUGGGCUGGCUCAAGAAGCACGCGUACUGCUCGAACCUCAGCUUCCGCCUCUACGACCAGUGGCGAGCCUGGAUGCAGAAGUCGCACAAGACCCGCAACCAGCACAGGACGAGGGGGUCCUGCCCUCGAGCAGACGGGGCGCGGCGAGAGGUCCUGCCACAUAAGCUGUAGGUGCAGGGGCCACCCAGCCCGGGGCCCCCCUGCACCCUCCUCCCUCGGCAGGAGCUCUGGCGGCCACGCCUGCCCAUGCGAGGCCACCCUUGGGUGCACCCCGGUGUGUGGGUGGCUUCGGCGGUCCUGAACCCAUGCAGCGGCUGGGGGUGAAGCUACUCAGGGCCCCUUUCGAGAGUCUGUUUAAAUAAAUGAGCUGUUUGGGUGCCCUGA